GUAACUGAUUAAGCGCUUCGUAUUUUUCUCUUCAAAAACAUACACAAAAAAGAAGUUACAUGUUGUCUUCUUCUUCUUUCUUUCUUCUUCUUCUUCUUCAACUCACACCUCCUCAAUUGGGUCUUUAAAAAAUCUGCAACCUUUAAUAAUUUAAAGCUUUAAAAAAAACCCAGAAGGGACAACCAUUCUUCUCCUCAUUUCCAAGCUUAAAAUACUGAGUGGGUGCAAUUUGUCAUUUUGCUUCUCCUGUGUAAAUGUCUCUCCUUUGCAAUUAUUGUUAUUGCCAAUCCCAUCACCUUCUCCUUUUCCAUUUUUUAUUUUAAUUAAUUUUCUUCUUCAUAUCACCAUCCCAUCAAACCCUUCAUGGCAUAGUGCAAAUCUCCUCUCAGAAGGAAAGUGGUAAAGUCUUUUCCCUCUCUCCCCAAAAAAUAAAAUCUCAGAUUAAACAUAAAAAAAUCAUCUUUAGUCCUUUUUUUGAGCUGGGAUGGAAAAUAUGAAUCAAUCUACCAAACAGAGUUCUUGUUUAUCACACUCCCUUAGUUGUUGCUACAUUAUGAGAGAGACUUGAGAGCUUCCUAUACAUCCAAAAAAGAAAAAAAUAUAUUAAAACCCAUUUCUCAAUCAUUCUCUUCAUUUGGGUUUUUGAGGAUUUUCUGUCACUUUCCCGGGAAAAUCUUUGAUAAACGACAAUGCCCUCUUCCACCACCUCCUCCUCUUCCUCCACAACAUCAUCAAUGUCGUGUUGCUCCGCAAGUUCUCCUUCCAAUCUGGAACGCUUUCUUCAAUGUGUCACUCCUCUUGUUCCUUCACAGACUCUACCUCAGAGUUGCUUCAAUGAUCUAAAUAGUCUCUGGCAACCUCUUGGUAAGGACACAAUUGAAUGCUUCACCCUGAAAGAUCUGUGGGAUUGCUAUUAUGAAUGGAGUGCAUUUGGUGCUGGUGCUCCUGUGAUGUUAGAGGAUGGUGAUACCGUAACUCAGUACUAUGUUCCAUAUCUAUCUGCUAUCCAAAUCUACAGCAACAAGUCUGUUUCAGCUUCUCGGAAUCGGAGAGAGGACAGCGAUGGAGUCGAAUUUGAAAGUGAUUCAUGGAGCGAUGAUAGUGGUAGUGAUAAGCUAUCUAGAUCGUUAAGUGACAAUUCUAGCAAAGCUUGGGAUGCUGUUUCUGAGGACUCAAGCUGUGACCAAGAAGGUUCAUGGCCAUCAAGGGAUAAGCUUGGCUACCUUUACUUACAAUAUACUGAGAUGGCUUCGCCUUACUCAAGGGUGCCACUUAUGGAGAAGAUACCUGAAUUAGCUAGAAGCCAUCCGGCAUUAAUGACAUUGAAGAGUGUGGAUCUUUCCCCCGCUAGUUGGAUGGCUGUUUCUUGGUACCCAAUUUAUACGAUCCCAAGUCGAAAAAAUGAAAAGGACUUGGAAGCAUGCUUUCUCACUUUCCAUACAUUGUCAUCAUCUUUCCAAGAUUGUGCAAUGGAGUGUGAUGACUUUGACAUAGGGAAUGAUCUAUCUUGUUCCAUGGGUUGGGAAAGUAAUGUUGGAGAGAAAUACAAGAAAAAGGAAAGUGGCUAUGUAUCUCUCCCUCCUUUUGGGCUAGCCACUUACAAAAUGCAAGGAGAUCUUUGGCUAAACCCUGAGCCUUAUGACAAUGAAAGGAUAUCCUAUUUGUACAGUGCGGCAGACUCAUGGUUGAAACAACUCAAUGUCCAUCACCAUGACUUCAUCUUCUUCACAUUACACUCUACCGUGUAAAUUGCUUCCUGUCCAUCUUUAACUAAGCGUGUGAUUGGUUUCACGUUUGAAUGACCAUAGAUCCAUGUUUACUUGAACGUUGAACGUUACUGGUUGUAACUUCUGCGGUGGAUCUACCUUUGUAAGGAUUUCAAUGUGUUUCCAAACACACAUUAACUACCCUUUGUUUAGCUUUCAACUCUGACACCGGAAAAAGAUAAAAAAAAGGUACCCCUUUGGUGCAAUUCUGAGAUAAACAUUCAGAAACUGAGGAGUUAUAUCUCAAAAGAGUGUAUAACACCAAACAAUGUAAAAUUUUGCUAAUGGGGGGUGAGUUUUUCUUUUUUACUUACCAUUUUUGUUU